UUUGAGAAAACCACGGAAGUAGUACCAGUUAGCAACAUGAGCUAACCGAAACCUGAGCCAUUAAAACACCCCUUUUAGGUUGUAAAUGUUUUAGUUUUCAUCUAGUGAAUAUAUUUAAAUUGACAAUGUUUGGGAAAUCCUACAUGCUUCUUCCUCAGAAAGACCCGAACGCAUCGCGGUCUCCUGGACUAUAUGUAUCCGCCGACACCUUUUCACAAAGAGGCUACCAUAAAGGACUUUCCUUUGAUUACAUCCCAAAUGUUUCUGAAAACCAUUUCAAUGAUACCUCCCAGGGAUGGGUGUCAUGGGUUUGUAAUAUAAUUGUCACCUUCCUCGUCUACAUAUUCACUUUUAUAAGCUUUCCAAUAACUGGAUGGUUUGUAUUAAAAACUGUACCAAACUACCAGAGGGUAGUUGUGUUUCGCUUGGGCCGUAUCUGUCCUCCAAAAGGUCCUGGCAUUGUCCUAGUGCUGCCCCUCAUUGACCAGUGGCAGCGGGUUGACCUGCGCACACGUGCUUUCAAUAUACCUCCCUGUCAGGUACAUACCAGGGAUGGUGGCCUCUUUGCUGUGGGAGCAGACAUUCAAUUCAGGAUCUGGAAUCCUGUUUUAUCAGUGGUGUCAGUCCAGGACCUAAAUGCUUCAACCAGAAUGACAGCGCAGAAUGCUUUAACUCACAGCCUUUCUAAGAAGACGGUCAAAGAAAUCCAAACAGAGAGAGUGAAACUGGGAGAAUAUCUUGGCAUAGACAUAAAUGAGAUGACUCGGCCUUGGGGGCUAGAAAUAGACAGGGUAGAACUCACCCCAGGUUCUCUUCUCAAAGCCCCGGAGGAAGGACACCGAGGGCCUCUCGUUCCUCCCUCUUUACCCGGACUAGAGGGCCUCGCAGGCCCCCUUCAGCAGUUGGCCAUGCACUUUAUGAGCCAAAGCUUGCAGCCUCAGCAAGGUAAGGCCUCAUGCUCACACCAAGUUAGGGUGCUGCCCUCAUUGAAGACAUGUUGUUUAACACUGUCUUAUCCCGCUGUAGAAAGCACUGUAACAUUUGUAGAUGAGAAGAGUGGCAUCCAUGAGAUGGCCACAAUCAAUUCUAUUGAAGAGCUCCUACACGCUAUCCAGUUGGUUCUAUCUGAAACUUUGGUGAAACAUGUCGGCGCCUGCUUCCAAUUUGAAAUAAGCUCAGGAGAGUCACAACAACAGACUUACUAUGUGGAUUUAAGUCAAGGUCAUGGGUCUGCUGGAUCCGGAUCACUGUGCAGCCAGCCAGAUGUAACGCUGAAAAUGUGCGACGAUGACCUUCUGGCCAUGUUUCAGGGAAGACUGCAGCCAUUUGCGGCCUACAGCAGUGGGAGACUUCAAAUUCUGGGGGAUAUUCAGACUGCUAUGAAGUUGGAGGAGCUCAUUAAGCUGCUUAGAAAAUAAUAUUUCAACUCGUCAUAGACAUCCAAUUUUGUUUGAACACUGAGGGGCUGGCAGUAUGUCUAUUACUGUGAAUGGCUGCCAAUGAGUAUGAAUUAUUUAUUAAAAUUUUACUUUGAUGAGAA